AUGUCAACAGACAACGCUCACGCAAGUGUAUUGAUGCCCUCAGAGGCAUUACCCGAAAACGCAGUUCAUGUAAAAGGACCAGAUUUAAGUAAACCUAUAGACCUACAAAGUCUGCUUCAGAGUUAUGAGACUAUUGGAUUUCAAGCUACCGGUUUAGCCAGAGCUAUUCAGCUUGUCGAGGAGAUGAGGAAACAACGGUCCAACCCUGAUGAACCCCUAACACUGUUUUUGGGAUAUACAUCAAACUUGAUAUCAUCAGGUUUAAGAGAAAUCUUACGGUUCUUGGCACAACACAAACUUAUAGAUUGUCUGGUUACUACCGCUGGAGGUGUAGAAGAAGACUUUAUCAAAUGUUUAGGAUCGACAGUAUUAGGUGAUUAUCAUUUAGAUGGCGCUGGAUUGAGGAAGAAAGGGUUGAAUCGAAUCGGGAAUCUACUUGUACCAAAUUCAAAUUAUUGUGCAUUCGAAGAUUGGGUCGUACCGAUAUUAGAUACAAUGACGAAUGAACAAGAAGAACGAGGGACUAAAUGGAGUCCUAGCAGUGUCAUAAAUAGAUUAGGUAAAGAGAUAGAUAACGAAGAGAGUGUUUAUUAUUGGUGUUACAAAAACGACAUCCCGGUGUUCUGCCCUGCGUUGACAGAUGGUUCUUUGGGAGACAUGAUCUACUUCCAUACAUAUAAAUCAUCACCUUUACAACUCAAUAUCGAUAUCGUAGCUGAUAUCAGACUGUUAAAUGAUAUGAGCGUCAAAUCGAAGAAAGCAGGUAUGAUCAUUUUAGGAGGUGGUGUUUGUAAACAUCAAAUCGCAAAUGCAAUGUUGUUUAGAAAUGGUGCUGAUUAUGCUGUAUAUAUCAAUACUGGACAAGAGUAUGAUGGAUCAGAUUCAGGUGCCAGACCAGAUGAAGCUGUAUCGUGGGGUAAGAUUCGUGCUGGAGCCGAAAGUGUCAAGGUCUACGCGGAUGCUACUCUCGUAUUUCCUCUCGUGGUAGCUGCUACUUUCGGUAAAGCUCAUUGGGAGGCAACCAGCAAGCAGGUUUAG